AACACCUGCCUUGCAAGCAGAGUCCUGGUUUAAAAAAAAAAGUUAAGCCAACCAAAAACGUCACGUCCUGGGGAGUAGGUAAAUAAACGGACGCACUCCACACGUGACGACGACUUAGUUUGACACUUUGUUUUAAAGUUUAAAUGAAGACGAAACGUCUGGUUGCUAUGUUUAUUCAAGUUAAAAGGCUGGACAUCAUGAUGUGGUUUUGUGUGUUGCUGCCGCCGCCCACUGCCUCCUGUUUGCUGCUGCAGAGCUCUCAACUCCCACCAACACUUUUCUUCACUCCCCGUCUCUAUACCUUUCAAUUUUCACCUACUACAUUUCCUCUCCAUUUUAAUCUUCUUUACAGGCUGAUGAGGGAUUGAACGCACCCCUGCAGUUUUGGGGGGAGCCUGGAGGUGAGACGUGCGGCUGUCACUAUAGUCGUCACUUUGGAAUAUCGAGGGGGGAGGACGGCGGUGAAUCGGAGGGGAGCUCCGGAUAGGACGGUAGGAGCCGUGAAAACCACAUCACUCACCGUGGAUUGAGCUCCCUCCCUCCGCUCUCUCUCUCUCUUUCUCUCACCCUCCCUAGUCUGCAGCCUCCAAGAACAGCCGCCGCAUCAUUUUUUUUCGUGAGCAUCUGCCCCCUCCCUGUACCACCACCUCCUCCUCCCUCCAUCCGCUCUCUCCUCUCCAUCUCCCUUUCUGCUGCUGCUUGCAACACUGUGGGAAUGCAGCGAAGGUAAACGAAAAAAAGCGCACCCUCUUUUUCUCUUUCUUUCUUUCUCCCCUUUUCCCACCCACUAAAUGUCGGAUCUAUCAUCACCCAGACAGUGACGGACUGCAGACAGCCGGACGCACACGCACUCGGCUGUCACUCCAGGAGACAGGAGUCGGGCGGUCGUUCCAGGAUCAAGUGGAUUUAGCCCGACACUCCGGACAUCAGCACCGCCCAGUCUGUGGCUGAUCAGCGUCAGGUCUCUCUCGGCUCCUCUGCUUAUCCACAUUCUGCCCUUGCUUCAGUUUCAUUUGCUUUCCUCCACCCCCCCUCCAGCCCCCCUUCCGUCACUCCUCGUCUGGAUUAUUAGGAACAGCUGGGAGAAAAGGGCUGGUCGGGCAGGGAGAAGUACGGCUCUGUCGGGCGUCAAACUUGAGAUACCUGCAGGAAGCGAGAGAAGUCGAGGCGUUGGGGAGGUGGAGGAGCAGCCGGCGGUGUUUUAAUUCUGAGGAUUCUUUAUGCGGCCGAUAAUCAACCGUCAGAGAGGUUGUUGGUGCUAUGCUACAGCCUGGGUUGUUGAUGCACAUGGAUUUACAGCUCCAACGUGAAGCUCGGCACGCAGCGGAUCAAUAUUCCACCCCACUCUUUUACGCGUCUGCCUUUUUCAACAUGCGACUGAGACAUGCUGGGAUUAACCAUCAUUAAUCUGAACUAGCGAGGCAUCCACCACACCUCCGGCUCUCACCUGUCCAUAACCUGUGUGCAAAAGUGUGUAUAGUUUAGUGCGUAGUGUAGUGUUAGUCCGUGUGUGUGUGUGUGUGUUUGUGUGCGUGCUUGCGUUUGCUUGUCCGCCAGGGGGAGUGUGGCUCAUUUUGCUUGUGUCUGCAUUUGUGUGCUGUGGCAGGUUUUAACUAACGGUGUCCAUACGUCACUGAGAGCGACUGCGUCUGCUCUUUUCUGCAUAUAAACGUGUCAGGUGUUAAGUCUUUGCAUGUAGUUAAAUUUCUGUAUUAAGGACUUGGGCUUUGAAUGUGUCCUCUAGCUUAAGAUGCCAAGCUACCAUUUCACAGCACAUCAGCUGCCUAGUUCACCGCCUUGUGUUUUUUGGUCACCUGUUUGACCUAGCCCUGAACUCACUAAAGAGACGGAAACUUCAAUCAUGAUGAGUGAGCGUACGAGCACCCUGGCAUCCAUGACACUGGAGGAGCCGGGUGCUGAACAGGCAUCACCCCGAGCCCCGGGCCCUCUUCGAUGCGGCCCCUGUGCGUUGUGGCCUCGCCAGCAGACCUGGCUUUGUGCAGUCCCUCUGGUCAUGGGCUUUGUGGGUUUGGGGCUCAGUCUAAUGUUGUUGAAAUGGAUUGUGGUGGGGUCUGUCCAAGACUAUGUUCCCACUGACCUAGUGGACCCCAAAGUCAGCAUUGGACAGGAUCCUAUAUUCCUCUCUAAACCCAGUGCCAUGCCCAAAGGCCCUGACAUUUCCACAGCCACCACUAUUUCAGCAGCUUCAACCACAACAAUGGUGUCUACUACCACGCUGCUAGCCGCUGAUGGUACUGCUUCAGCUCCAAGAACUCGAGUUGGGCCACCGGCGAACCACUCGGCCAAUGGCAGCAAUGCCAUUGGAGAUGGCAACAGGGCCCCGCACCUUCAUAAUCGUGUCGGCACCCACAUCAGCGGCACCGUGGUCACCACUGCUACUACACGUCCCACUCGACUCACACCUCCACCCAGUGGCAAGGAGGCCACACCUCGCAGCACUGUCAGAAAAGGGAGCGCUUCAGAUAAUGGACACAGUGGAGCUGCUAACUCGAAGCCAGGACAAACUACCGCCGCAUCUGCUUCAACUACCACAACUGUGAAGACCAGUACCAAGAUGCAGCCGACCACCUCCCAGCCGGCGCCCCCAGUCAAACCCACAUCUCGCUGGGGCCAUGGACGACCUGGCAAGGGCCCUGCAACCCGACCGCACCACCGCUUCCGCAAUCCAGUGGCCCCCACGCCUCCCAGUCCACGUUCUGAGGUUUUCAAGCCAUGUGUGGAGGACAAGGACCUGGCCUUCUGUCUGAAUGAGGGGGAAUGCUCCAUCAUCGAAACUGUGGCUGGGGUUCACAGACACUGCAGGUGUAAGGAAGGCUACCACGGGCUUCGCUGUGACCAGUUUGUGCCAAAGUCGGAUGCAAUCUCGUCGGAUCCAACAGAUGAACUUGGGAUCGAGUUCAUGGAGAGUGGUGACACCUACCAGAGGCAGGUGCUGUCCAUCUUCAGCAUCGCCUCGGGGAUCUGUCUUCUCGGAGUGGCAUGCAUGGCUCUCUACCGCCGCAACAAGAGACACAGGGAGAAACUCCAGGCUCAUUUCUCUGAUAGUCGCGGCCUGAGGGACUGCAGUGUCAGCGCCUCUGGUCUCAUGUCCAAAUCCAGUUCCAGGCUGCAAUACAGCCUUCAACUCCAAAAGAGUUGCACAUCGCACGGAUCAUCUGCUAAGGGUGGCAGCGUGGCCCCGGGCACACCGGCGGAAUCCCCACCUAUCCUCGGCAGAGCAUUGUCUAAAGGGAAACGCUUCAGAAGUAGUUCCCUUUCACUCAGCCCUGCCCAGCAACAGAGGGAGGCAGUUUAUUUCAGGACCCCGCCCAUUACCAGAGGGAAACACAAAACAUCAGCACUCAUCGAUGGAUGCAAACUGUCCGGUCACGUCUACAAACACCUGCAAGAAGAUGAGUCAGUGGACGUGGAGUCCCAGAGAAGGUUCGAUUCUGCCAGCGGAAAGGUCGGCGCCCUCCUCAGCAGGACGUCAGUCUCUCACUUUGGAUCCAGAAAAGGGUGGAGCGAGGUGCCAUGCACACGCCUAGAUAAGGAAACAGACAUUUUACCGACUUCCUCGCGCACUCACUCAGUGCCCAUCAUCCCUUCGCUCCAAGCGAGCGACCUCAGCGUCGGGAAUGUGGAGGUGAGCGAGCAAAAGCACCGCGGCCUUCUCAAGUGGCACCUGGUACAGGCGGGAAAACAGGCGGUGCACGUUACAAAUUCCUUGGCUCAAUCCCGCCGAGACACCGCUGCGCCCAAGCCCAGUGUUAUGCCGGGCGAUGUUAGCCCUCCUGCCCCCUCCGCCGGCACCACUGCUCCCCCGGCGUCGCAGGAGAAUCCGAAUUCUGCGCAAAGGCUCUGUUCCGCAGAAAUUACUGUGGAAACCCCGCGGGAAUUAAAGCACAAAAGCUUUCCCAGCUCCAUGGAAAAGUCCGGGUCUCAUAGUGAGAUUCACCGCGGCGCCACAAACACUCCUGGGAACGGGACGGCGCACGGGUCAGACGGAAGGAGCGUGCACACGAGCUUUGGGAGCAGAGUUCUGAAGGCAGUAGGCCAAAGAGAAACCCAGGGAAGGUGCCAAGGACAAGCAUCCCUCGAGUACGGAGGCGCAAACCUCUCCUCGGCCACCAGAGGAGCCAGCUGCAGAGGAAGCGGCAACGGAGUUGCCAAGCCCCCUGCGAGCUGAUUGGAUUACCCAUGUAAAGCUUAAGAGAAACUGUGUCCCGAUGACUGUAUACCUGGCACAGAGUGGAUGUAGCAGGUGGGGGGCGCUGUGCAGCCACACAGACCAAUGACAGACAUCAGUGGAUUUUUUUUUUUUUCAAUCGCAUUUAAAAACUGGAGUUGCGUGAAGAAAAACAAAAACCACGAUUGAAGACGUUAAAUUAAAAUGAAACAAGACAAGCAAAUGCACAUUGUGAAUAAAUGUGACUCAAUGAGGACAAAUCGUGACUGGAGUGGGAGCUUAAAAGUGUAUUGGGAAAAAAAAAAA